AAUACCUUUCUACAUGUCGACCGACUGCGAGAAUCUAUUGAAGAAGUUCCUUGUCCUGAAUCCGGCGAAACGCGCCUCGCUCGAGAGCAUAAUGCGCGACAAGUGGAUGAACACCGGCUACGAGGACGACGAGCUUCGGCCCUUCGUCGAGCCGCAGCAGGACUUCAAGGACCACAAGCGGAUAGGUCAGUAUUGGUCUAUAUCGGUAUAA